UAACAGAAGCCGAAUGGCCGAUAACGUGUUCAGCGAUUCGUCGACGAGACUUUUAUCGAGUGUACAACGUAAAACAGUAGAUGAACUGGAGAAAGAAUGUUUAACGCUAAGAAGACGCGUUAAAGAAUUGACUGAACGCUCAAGGAAGGAAAAUGUUGAACAGAUCAUGUUAGAAAUAGCGGAACUGAAGCACCAAAAUGCCGCUCUGGAAGCGGUCUUUCAGGGCAAUGUGACCAGCCAGCUGGAAAAAUUAGAAAUGACCAAAGAUAUUCUGGAAAUGAUGAAUCUCAAACUGGAGAGUGAAAAUUUAGAGCUGCGGCUCGCAUUAGAAAGAUCGUUCUUUCUAAUUCGGACACUCCGCGGUUGCGAGAGAAAAUAUAUGAAGUUAUUGAAAGCAGAAAAGUCGUCAGACUCCUAGAUCGUCAGAUAAAGACUUGCCGGAGCCACGCGCUAAAAAAUCUACCUUCGAAAUGGAGAAAACAAUAUUUACAUUGAAGCGAAUUUUCGAGAAGCUUCAGGCGGAGAAUAAAAGACUGAAAUUUAGUUCCAAGAGAAAUCAUAUUCUAGUCAAUCAAGGAAAGAUAAGUAGAUUUGACAUCGAAGGGGAUACUUUACUCCAAAAACAAUACGAGGAAUCUCAAAAACGUUUGAUAAGCUUCGAAUUUGCGACUGGCUGAACAGAAAAUAGUUAUGUUAGAAAAAGCUCAGAAAGAAGAUGAUUACGGAGGCUUGAGAAUUUUGAGGCAACAGCUAGUCCACAAGUCUGAGCUUCUGAAAAAAGUGAAACAGCUGCUGACUCGUGCAGCCAUCAACGAAAAAACGUUGCGGCAACGUGUGCAACAGCUGGAAUCAAAGCAAAGUCUAUCGACAAUCUCGAAGUGUUAUAUGACUCCACCUACACCGAAAUAAUGGGUGUUCUGGAAAU